AUGAACGUCAACCAGCUCAACUACGUUGCAGAUCUAUGCGAGGCUGCACUUUAUGGCGAGUCCCUGAAUUUCUCUCACUUCGGUCAAAAAAUUAACAUGAAGCUUGAAGGCGCUUUGUCGCUCUUGAUUCUUGUCGUCAUUUGGAUUUUGCUAACUGCUAAGAAGCUAGCCAGGAUAAUGCAAGUUAUGUUUGGGGCCAGCAUCCUGAUGUGGAUUGUCUCAACCUUGCACUUGGCUGCUCUUAUUCAGAGGUUGUCACUUGGACGAACUGAGCUUUGGGAAGCAAAGGCAGCCGUAUCUCUCGCUACUCUACAGUUUAUGAUCAGUGAUGUUAUUCUCAUAUGGCGUGUCUACGCUGUAUGGGGAAGAAGCUACUGGACCACAAUUAUCCCUUUCAUCUUGAUGAUCGGUGCAGCCGCCGUACGAUUUUCGGUUGUUUCUAACGGAACGGCAGUACUUCUAUUCGUAUCGGACCCCGCCAAUUUUAUUAUCAUUGCAAACACGGCAUAUUGCACAGCACUCAUUGCAGGAAGGAUUAUGCAAGUUACUUUUACAGAUGCUAUUAAAAUCUUGGAUUCGUCGGCAUUGGGUCCUCGAGGGAAGCAGAAUGUAUACGAGCGUGUACUCCUUAUGAUCAUUGAGUCUGGAGCUCUUUAUGCAUUGUCAAUGAUGGUGUGCAUUGUCGUCGACAAGGUCCACAGUCCCGGAAUUCACGUCAUUUUGGACAUCACAGUCCCUCUCACUGGUAUCCUCCCGACCCUCAUAGUUCUUGUUGUCCACUACGAGCUUGUACCAGGGACGCGCGACAGCAUUUCUAGUGUCAUUGGCGACUCCGAAUUCCACGCUGCGUCGGGUCCCACAGCUACUACCCUCGGCAUUGAUGCUUCGUCAAGUAGAGAUGAUGUGGGAUCAAAAAUAGCUGCUAGUACUUUGAAGAUGGAACGCAGCGAAGAUGAUAUAGGGGAUAAAUACAAUAAAAGCAUGGUCUGA